UUCCACCCCUCUCUUCACAGCUCCCCCUUUCAGUCUCUCGCCCUCGAUUGCGAUUUCCAUUAGAUCGAAACGGCAAUGACAGACCCAGAGAAUUGCGUGAGAGUUACUCGGCUGGCGAAGAAGAGAGCCGCCGAAGCAAUGACUGCGGAACACAUGCAACAGAGGAAGAAGAGGGUGGCUUUAGCUGAGAUCAAUGACUUCCCGACUAUGAAAUCGGACGAGAUUCAGAGCAUCGAGCCCAAACCUCAACAUCCCAAGGCUAACCCGGCAAAGAGGGUGAAGCUAGAGCUAGAGAAGUAUUCAAUAAAUACGGCGGAAGAGGACGGCGUUGAUUUGAAAUCCGAUCAUCCUCAGAGGUGCAGUGCAUAUUCUUCCGAUAUAUAUGUCUAUCUGCGUCGAAUGGAGGCGCAGGAGAGAAGAAGGCCUUUGCACGAUUACUUGGACAAGGUUCAGAAGGAUGUGAGUGCAAACAUGAGAGGGGUCUUGGUUGACUGGCUGGUUGAAGUUGCACAGGAGUAUUCUCUCUGCCCUGAAACUCUAUAUCUCACCGUCAAUUACCUGGACAGAUUCCUCUCCGUCUGCCCUAUUUCCCGGCAAAAGCUACAGCUUCUCGGCAUAUCUGCCAUGCUAAUUGCCUCGAAAUAUGAGGAGAUUAGCCCUCCACAUGUCGAUGAUUUUUGUUAUAUCACUGAUAAUACAUUUAACCAGAAGGAAGUCUUGAAGAUGGAACAAGAAGUGCUUAAAUCCCUCAAGUUUGAAUUGGGAAAUCCAACCAUCCUCUCUUUUCUGAAAAAGUUUAUCGAGGUUGCUCAAGUCGACUUUAGAAUACAAAAAGCGCAAUUUGAGUUUCUGGGGUACUACCUAGCAGAGUUGAGUUUGCUGGAUUAUCAUUGCGUAAAAUUUUUACCAUCUGUGGUUGCUGCUUCUGUAAUCUUCCUUUCAAGGUUCACACUUAGGCCAAAUGUUCAUCCAUGGAAGGAAGAACUAUACCAAUGCACAGGGUAUAAGCCGGCUGAUUUGAAGCAAUGUGUUUGUAUCAUACAUGAUCUGCAACUAAAACUGAGAGGAAAGUCUUUGCUCGCAUUAAGGGAGAAAUACAAACAGGCCAAGUUCAAAUAUGUCUCAAAACUAAUGUCUCAACCGGAAAUUCCAGACUCUUAUUUUUGAAGUCCAAGAAAGUGGGUGUCUGAAGAUGCUAUUGAUUGGCAAUCAUACAUCUUUUAGAAUUGAAGCAGUCUAGAAUGUGGUAGUUGGGUGGCUUCUGUCAAUGUAGUUCAUGCUAUGUAUCAUUAAAAUUAGCUGAAAUGGUUUUGUAAAUAUAAAUAAAUACAAGGUGCCAAACGAAACAUUACAAGUCACUAUGUCACCAUCAUCAUAUGUAAAUAUGAAGUACUUUUUGCCUUCCUUUUACGGUUUUACCCAAUUCCCUACAAGCUAGUUUGAUAACAUUGGAAUUAAUUUAAUAAUUACUCCCCC